GUGAUUUGUUGACUAAUGGAUACUUCUUUAAUAACAUAGUGUAUAGUUUUGAAAUACAUAGCUUUAUAUGUGAUACACCUUCCCGAGCUUUUAUUAAGUGUACUAAAUCACAUACUGGAUACUCAUCAUGUGACAAAUGUAUUGUUGAAGGUGAAUAUUUAGGAAGGAUGAUUUUUUCAGGAACUACUUCCCCCAGACGAACUGACGAGUCAUUUCGGCUCCAAAUAGAUGAGGAUCAUCAUAAAGGUAUAUCCCCACUUAUUAAUUUAGGGGUUGGGAUGGUAACCAAAUUUCCAAUUGAUUACAUGCAUGCUGUUUGUCUAGGCGUUACUAAGAAACUGUUAAAUAUUUGGGUGUCUGGUAAUUUAUCUGUUCGAUUAUCUAAUCAAUAUGUUUCUUAUAUCAGAACGAUUAGAGCUUUUAAAAAAAUAUAAGCCUCUGGAAUUUAAUAGAAAACCAAGAACUUUGGCAGAAUUAGCACGUUGGAAAGCCACAGAAUUUCGCACAUUCUUAGUUUACGUGGGUCCUGUUGUGUUAGAAAAUAUUGUAAAUUUGGCAGUAUAUGAACAUUUUCUUUUACUCUAUUGUGCUAUAACAAUUUUUUUAUCAAGCAGACAUAUUUCAGUUGUAGGUAUAAAUAUACCUUCCAAAUUUUUAGAUGUUUUUAUAACACAUUCUGUUAAGAUUUAUGGAGCAGAAUUUUUUGUGCAUAAUGUACAUGCUUUAUGCCACCUAGAGGAGGAAGUUAAAGCUUAUGGCCCUCUUGAUGAAAUUUCUUCAUUUCCUUUCGAAAAUUAUCUGGGGCAUUUGAAACGAUUAGUUAGGUCUCCAGUAAAUCCAGCUGCACAAAUUUAUCGAAGGAUAAAAGAAAAGUCAAAUAUCACUGAAGCAGUCAGCUUACUUCAACAAAACGUGCCACAGCAUUUUGGGCAACAUACAAUUGGCCCUGUUAUGAGUGAGCUAAAUAUUUGUAAAAAGGUGGUUUUUGGAAAUUUUACUUUUUGCACCAAAAAUCACUCUUCUGCAGACUCCUAUUUUAUUUCAACAGAUCACAAAGUUGUUCAAGUUGAAAACAUAAUCACAAAUUCAGAAAAUUGCACAAUACUAAUUGGUAAAGAAUUUAUGGAUUAUUCAGAUUACUAUAAUUAUCCCUUUGAGUCAAGUUGUCUGGAUAUCUUUAUAAUAAGAAGUUUGGACAAUGUAAAUCAGUUUUGGCCGAUUAAUAAAAUUUUGGCAAAAUGUCUAGUUAUUCCUUCAUAUAGAAAACAAAAAGAACUAGUCUGUUUUCCACUUGUCCAUUCACUUUGUUGAUAACAACAAUUUAUUAACUUAAAUUUUUGUCCAUUGUAAAUUAAAACGUUUGGAAGUUUAUAUGUUUGUUUAAUAUUAUUUUGUAAGAGUUUGUUUAAUUUUAUAUAGUAUAGUUAUACUUUGAAGUAGUGAUGGUUCUUUUCAGGAAAAGUAAUUUUUGGAAAUGUCCUAAAAAUAGAUAUAAACGGUAGUCUGGGACGUCUUAUGCAAGCCAGUCAGGUCAGUUAUUUGUUGAAUCCUGAUAAAAAAGAAUGAUUUUUUUUUUUCGUUUUUACCUACCUCUAUUUAUCUGUAUAACUUUUCAUAGUUUAUCCCCUAAUGAUUUUAAAAUUGGAAUAUGAAAUAUUAUUUAAUAAAAAAUUGAUUUUAUUUGUAGAGUAUUAUGUGUGAUACUUAUUAAAGUUGUACAGUAAUACAUAAAUUAAAAAAAAAGGGUAUUGAUACCAUAUUUUAUUUAUAAAAAUAAAAUCAAACUUUAAAAACAAGUUAUUUAAAUUGACAUUUAAUGUAUUCUUUUGGAGCCUAUAUCUCAAUCGCUAAUUAGAAAAUCGUAGAAACAUAAAAUUGAUUUGUGGUUUCUUUUUAAAACUAUAUUUUGACUAUAAGAAAAUCAGCCAAAUUAUUUAAUUUAAAGUUUUGUUUGGUCACGUCCAUUUUUCAGACUUACGUAUGGACAUUUUCAAGCAACCCAUUACUACUUUGAAAUUUAUUGUUUGUUUGAUAUUUAUAUUCCUGGAGUAGACAUUGUCGCAGUUCCCAUAUUUUUUAUUUUUAAUAAAUACGUGCUUUAAAAAUGUCUGUUUUUAAGCCUAUUUUGUCAAUACCAUAUCCUAUACCUAAAGGCCAAAACAAUCAAGAAUCUAAAUUCAAUUAACUGGGGUUAAAUAAUGUCAUUUUAACGAUUUUAAUCAAAUGACACAAAUAAUAUACCUCUAAUUUUUAUUGAAAAUUUACAAUAUUUUUAAGUUACCGGCUAUUUGCAGAACGCUAGAUUGUUGCUAACUAUUGAUUACAUUUUAAUUUAUGUUUAGACUAGUGAUAUUUCAAGUUUUAUCACCAUUACUACUUUUACCUUCAAUUAAAAUAUAAUAAACGGUUAACUUUGAUCAAGUUUACUGCAACUGGUCAUAAAUACGGAAAAUUCAUUAAAAAAAACGACGUCAAUAAGACGUCAGACUACCUCCUUGUAGGACGUACUUUUGACGUCAACUCAUAACGUCAAUUUGACGUCGUAAAAUGACAUCAUUCGUCUGUGACUUAGAAGGUCAUAAUU